UAGAAAGCAGCUUUCUCUCACUAAACUUUGACUCAAUUUCACUUGUGAAUAUUUUAAGUAAUGAUGAAAUGAAUAUAAAUUCUUUCGCAAGUUGAAGAUUGACAACAACCAUGUUCAAAUUCUGCUUAAUUUCUCAAGAUAAUCUGAUGGAGUGGUAUCCUAGAAGUGGUAUGGAUGAUCUUGUUGUUCCAAAGGAUCAAGAUUUGUUAGACAGGCUUCCAUUAUCUCCAGAAAUCUGGUUUUCCCCUGAAAGUUCAUUGUCACCUAUCAAAUUCUCUAAUGCUGAUAUGAACAAGACUGAGGAAGAAUUCGACUUCAAUGGUUUUUAUAAUGAAGUUGAGGUGGACAUUUCUGUCCAGGAUAAAGAUCAUUAUAGCGGUUCAAGUGUUUGUGGAGGAUUACUGGAGGAGUCUCUGCAAAGAACUUCACUGCCGUACAGUCAGCCAGAUUAUGAACUUGAUCCACUUACCGGGAUUGAACAAUUGGAUGACAUAUACUUGAGUUCCUUACUUGACGAUUUGCCCAGGGACGAAGACAUCCACAAGUUGUUCAGUGUGUUGCCAGCGAAUAAUUGCUUGACAGACAUGACUCUAGAUUCAAAAAGUGGUUCUAGUGACAAACUUAGUAUAGGAAGCUCCAAGUAUCUGCAAACGCAUGCAUUCUCUCCAUCCAUGGUUUGGGAUCAAGGAGAAGUUGCUGCUUCUCCAUUUUCUCCCUUCAACUCCAAGCAGAAAUAUUUCCUACCACUAAAGGCACCGCUGGUCAAACACCAAGUUCCUUCAGAGGAGAACAGUGCAAAUGAACUUGUUGCUGAUGAAACAUCACUUGAAGAGUCUGUGCUGCAGGAGCUCAGAAUUGUGAUGGAACAGAUGACUGAUAAGACACGAAUUUUCUUUCGUGAUGCCUUGUACCGGCUUGCUGAGAGCUCAAAAAAACAUGUGAUAAUAUUGAGGCAGAGUGGUGACUUUACUGCAGAAACCACACCUAGGGCAGCCGAUACACAUAUGAGGUCUAGGGAAAAGCAAGUGAUGGAAUCAGAAACCAAUGUCAUUGAUAGAACCAUUGCAAGCCUCAUGUUCAAUAAGAUGGACUUGAAUGUACAAGGUACCACCAUUGCAGCAGAAAUAUACCCGAAACAAGAAGUAAACAACAUGACAGAAUCACAAAACUACCACUCUAGCCAGCUGAACAUUCAUCAUUUUUGUCAGGCCAUGUUGGCAAGUGAAGGCUGCGAUGCUGAGGUUCCGACUGUUUAGAAACACCAACACAAAGCGCCAGCAACAUGACGGGAUGAUUUCUCGAGAACCCCUACAGAAAAUGUAUGAAAGGCUUUUAUCUUCCCGGAAAAACCUGCAGAAUUAGCAUGAAAAAUAUGUACGAGAAAAAGGUUACAAACUUCUGAACUCUUGUUCUACGCUAUGAAUUUAUAUGUACAUAUUCUAGGUCUGAGGAUCCAAGCUGCAUCAGCUCAGCUCAAUUUUGAUUGGCAAUUUGUAUUAGUUUAUAAACAUAACUUUUGUGCUACCAAAAAAUUAUUUAUGUGAUGUUGUGUUCUGUUUGAUUGUGAA